AGCUAGCCACCUACACCCAAUCUCGAAGGAUCAUUUCCCGUACACCUUUGCUUGUGGCGUUGUUGAUGAUGAUCUAAAGCUAAAGCUAACCGCUUACAUUCCCCCGCUUUCUUUCCUUCUCUUUCUUCUUCGUUUCAUCUCUCUCCUUGUUUUUUCCUUCAAUCAAAGUCUGCUUUUUCAAUUGCCUUGGGCUUUUGAUUAUAGUGUGGUAAUUGAAGAUGAUGGGUUCUAUUCAUCUUUACAGUUCCUCUCUGUCUUCCUCUAAUUUGCGAGGUUACACUGGUCUGCAUUGUAUGUAUCCAUUUACUUUAAAGGGGUACAUAACUGAUCUGGUCUCUAGUAAUCCAGCCAGGAAAGUGAGCUUUAGAUUCAAAGGCGUUGAUAGACUUAGAGCCUCAGUGAUAUCUGGAGAAGAUGAUCUUCUCUCUUGUUCAGAGAACAAUAGAGUUUCAGCACAAGAUACCUUAAUUGGCAAAAGAUUGAACCAACCAUCUGGAAUUGAGUUACAACCUGAUGCAAUAGGUUUUGGAACACUUACUGCUGAAAUAACUCCCACUACCAGUGCUUUCUUUCCUAAUGAUGAUGAGUAUGACCUGGAUCAUCCUACUGAUGGAUUUGCUUCCAUCCCGGAGGCCAUUGAAGAUAUUCGUCAAGGCAAGUUAGUAAUUGUUGUUGACGAUGAAGACAGAGAAAAUGAGGGAGACCUAAUAAUGGCAGCAUCAAAGGCAACACCUGAAGCUAUGGCAUUUAUUGUCAAACAUGGAACUGGAAUAGUUUGUGUGAGCAUGAAAGGAGAAGAUUUGGAGAGGUUGGAACUUCCUCUAAUGGUAACUCAGAAGGAGAAUGAGGAAAAACUUUGCACGGCAUUCACUGUAUCUGUGGAUGCAAAACAUGGCACAACAACAGGUGUCUCGGCUCAUGACAGGGCUACAACAGUGUUGGCUCUUGCCUCUAGAGAAUCCAAACCUGAAGAUUUCAAUCGCCCGGGUCAUAUUUUCCCACUUAAGUACAGGGAAGGAGGAGUUCUAAAAAGAGCUGGACAUACAGAAGCUUCUGUUGAUCUUGCAAUGCUAGCUGGAUUAGAACCUGUUGCUGUUUUAUGUGAGAUUGUAGAUGAUGAUGGCUCUAUGGCAAGAUUACCAAGGCUUCGCCAAUUUGCGCAAGCUGAAAACUUGAAAAUAAUUUCCAUAGCUGAUCUAAUCAGAUAUAGGAGGAAAAGAGAUAGACUGGUGGAGUUGUCUGCCACUGCUCCAAUACCCACAAUGUGGGGACCAUUCAAAGCCUACUGUUAUAGGUCAUUUCUGGAUGGGAUAGAGCAUAUAGCAAUGGUUAAAGGUGAAAUUGGUGAUGGUAAGGAUAUUCUUGUGAGGGUGCAUUCUGAGUGCCUCACUGGUGACAUAUUUGGAUCAGCGAGAUGUGAUUGUGGAAAUCAGCUAGCCCUUGCAAUGAAGCAAAUUGAGGCUGCUGGCAGGGGUGUAUUGGUAUACCUCCGCGGACAUGAAGGUAGAGGAAUUGGUUUGGGCCACAAGCUUCGUGCUUACAACCUACAGGAUGAUGGAUGUGAUACAGUUGAGGCCAAUGAAGAGCUGGGUUUACCUGUUGAUUCUCGUGAAUAUGGCAUUGGUGCACAGAUACUAAGAGAUUUGGGCGUGCAUACAAUGAGGCUGAUGACAAAUAAUCCUGCAAAAUAUGUGGGGCUUAAAGGUUAUGGCCUGGCAAUUGCAGGCAGGGUCCCAUUGUUGACUCCAAUAACUAGGGAGAACAGGAGAUAUUUGGAGACUAAACGUGAAAAAAUGGGGCACAUAUAUGGUUCAGAUUCUAAUGGCCAUGUAAGUGGUAUUAUCAGUGAAACUAAUAGCUCAAUCAUUGGCUCUCAAACUGAUGGUGCAUCCAAGGCAUAAUUGCUUCAAUCAGUUCUGGUGAAAUGGCGCGUUGACAUGGCUUGGAGCUUCAACUAGGAAAAUUCAAGGGUUUUUUUCCCCACAUUCAGAUUUACAUUCUUUUUUGAUGUAUGUAUAAUGUACAUUUAUACUUUCACUAGGAGGGUAAAGAAAUUCCUAGAUGCAUUUCCUUCUCACAAGAAAGGAGAGGAUGAUGUAUUUAUUUUAACUAUAGUGCUGAAAGUGGUGGAUUUUGUUCAUGAACACCAGGUAUUUGGAAAAGUAUAUAUAUUUGGUUGAAGGUAAGAAA